AUGAGCGUGCUUGUUCAGACUAUUUCACUUAUCACAAAAUUGUGGGGACCAUUAUCUAGGGCUUUUUCAAGGAGUGCUCUCUAUAACAUUCGCUACCUCACCUCACCUACUGUCGGCGACCUCAACUCGUCUCUUUCCACCGGCGACCUCAACUCAUCUCUUUCCACCAGCGACCUCGUCUCAUCUCUAUUUACCGGCGACCUGGGGCUCACCUCACCUCAGCGAAGACUGCACAAGUGCUCAGUGUUACAAGCCCUAGCUACGAUUAAGCGUGAAUCUGAUGGUUUCGGGGUUAAAGAUGUGUUGAUUCCUGAAAGUGCCGACGGCGCUGAGGGCAGCGACUGCGAGGAAGUCGAAGUUGCUGAAACAAUUGUGCUAGGUUUUAGCAACAAAUUUGUGGACAUCCAUAUACAUAUUGCGAUUUCAAAUUCAUCUUAUGAAAUCAACAUUCCCUCAAUUUGGAUUUGA